UUGCGAGUGCGGCAUAAAACGAAACUGGGGCCCCCAGAUUUCGAAACCUGUUGUGGGAAUGCGCCACUCUGGCGGGCAAGACCACUAACAGAGCAUGAUGUGGCCUGCUAUGCCGCUAACACUCAGCCGUUACAUCACCGCCACCUCAGCAGCGAAACCGUCGAUCCUUCUGGACCCCGCAUGCCAUACGUAGAUCCGUUGCUAUGCAUUGUACACCUCGUGGUCGGUGUACCUUGCCGGACUUCAACGGUACAUUGGUUUUUCGCCCGUGUAAUCAGCAAAUCAUUGUGGGGCAAUCAAGAUCGUCGCCACUGUAACAGGAUGAAUAUGAUGGAAUGGCUUCAAAAGUCUAGACGCGUGAGCGUGUCUGUCUGUAGCAUUGCACAAUGAUGAUUAAUACAGGAGUUUUAUGAGCUAUAUGUGUGUGCAUGAGUAUUAAUGUGGUAUGUCAUCAUACGUGAACUCUAUCUUGUUCAUCCAAAAAUAUGAAUCGUGGAGCGCAUCCGAACUGAGCUGCUAUACCAGGAAAAGAGCAUGUUCGACAUGCUACGAAUCGGUCACUAGAAUUGCGCCUCGGUGUAGACUGAGACACUACAUCUCAAUUCAAGUCCCACUGCAUACCAUCUGUAUCAAUCUCAUCUAGAUAUAUGAUAAUUCAUCAUGCAACCACCGACUUCCAAGUGUUAGAAAAUUGAUUGUAUAGGUACGCGUGUCUGAGCGAACUUUAGACGUCUAUACGUUUGAGGGUGACUGUAUUGCGUGCCGGAUAAGAUGAAAUAUGAAUCAAGGAAAGCGUUUUUCAUGAUUUUGAGGUCAUGGCGGUACUUUAUUUCAUUAUCUCCUAGCUCCUGCGUCUUCUCUGGAAGUAUUCAGCCGGAUUCUUUAACGCAACAACAUUGAUGAACAAUUACUAAGGUAACUUUACUUGCUUCAUAGCCACAAAGAUUUACACGUGGAUGUUAGAUUAGGCGACUCAAUGCAGACGAUGUCCUUCGAAUCGAUGCUCGGGCAUCCAUUUCAUGCCACAUGGCAACUACGUAACAGUUAUAUCGACAUGUCUGAUCCAAGUCUAGGAAAGGUUCGAUGCUACACAUCUACGGGAAAUCUAGACAAAUGAGAUAGUUUCAGUCUAUGCACAAUCCACGAUUGCGUUAUGUACCAAUGCAGCCUUCGCUUCUAGUGUCGUGUUGGUGUUUCGAGGGGCCGACAGAAACGCACCCCUUGAUUCAGGAUCGAUUGGCCAUAUAUAAAUCACGGGAGAUCGACACCACAUGUGUAUAGUGUGACGGGCAUUCACCUAUGGUGUACGCAUAAACCGCGUGGGUUUGCCAAAUGAAAUAGAAUCUGCCAGGCAACUUAGCACUUGUCUCUUUUGCAUGUCAUUAAUGGUACCAAUCCAUUUUUCACAAAGAAAUGCAAUUGUAUGAAUGUUGAAAGAUGCGGAAGUAUCUUGUAUACCUCGGGGCAAGAUACCCCGCUCCCA